UGGAUGAAGAAGUUUCCACAUGUUGCAGACAGCGUGGGUGGGCAUGUGAGUCCAAGUUGUGAUAUUUGUGUUUGUGUAUACGAUGUUUUGUCUAUGGAGAGGCUGAGACGAGCGUUGAAAUGAAUCAAUGAACGAUUUGAUGAAUGCAUUGAUGACAUAAAUCCGCCAAAAAUAGAAAACUACAACUGCAAUGUCACUUAUACUCUGCACGCCGUCCGAAACCGAUGUCUCGGCGGUAUCGACGGUGCACCUGCGGGCCAUGGACGAGAACCUCCUUACGCACGCACAGUUCCCGAGCCCGGAGGGUCUUGAGUUUUUUCACGGCUGGCUGGAGAGGAACACGCUGGAGCAUUUAAGAGAUGGGGACAAGGGGGUGCUGGUUGCGAAGGAUGGGGAGACGGGGGAGGUGGUGAGUUUUGUCAAGUGGCUUGUUCAUAGGCCUGGUGAAGGAGGACAGGAGCAGGUCGAGGAGGAGGAGUGGCCGGAUGUUGCGAGGGCGGAGUAUUUGGAUCCGUAUGCGAAGUUGACGGAGAGGGUGAGGGAUAGGGCUGUUGGAGAGGAGGCGGCGUAUUAUCAUCCGACGUAUCUAUGCACGGAUCCUCGCUGGGCUGGACGCGGAGCUGCAUCAUUGCUUCUUCGCAAGGUCCAGGAACUCGCCGCGGCAGAGGGUCUCCCUCUUGUGUUGGAAGCUACGAUGAAUGCAGUUACGUUUUACCAAAAGAUGGGUUUCGAAAUCAGAGAUGAGCUAUCGAUGAUGUUGCCGCCUCGAGGGUCGAGUGAGCCUACAGAAUUUUAUGAAGAAAGGUGCAUGGUGUGGACGCCGAAGAUCGGAGCGGCAUCAUCAUGAACCGGAGUUUCGAAUGUACAAGGUUAUGAAUGAGAAAUAGAAGUGUUGAUAGAUAUGACGGUUGCAUAUAGAAGCGAAAGACAUUCACCUUGCGGC